AUGAAUUUUAUAUUUGAACAGGAAACAUGUCUUGGAUUUGCAAACGUAGACAGAAUAAAGGAAAAAAUUGUUGAAGUUUUAAGGCAAAUUCAUGGAGAGAAGAGGGAAGAAAAGGUCAUGGUUGACAUGUGGUGUCAUUUUGGUCACGCCUACAUUACCAAGAUUGAUGAGGGUGAGAGUCUUGAACGUUUCUACAAAAAUACAUUUAGAAAACCACAUCUAGGAACCUGAGGCUUUAAAAACCUGAAAUUUUCCAUUUUAAUGACCAAAAAUAUGACAACCUGUUAAGCCAAGCAAGGUCAAGCAAGAUCAAGCAGGGUCUUAUAUGUGAGCUACAGUUAAAUCAUGAUAAAGAUCAUUUUUAACCAAGGCCAGAGUUUGCCUCGACAAGGAGUUUGACAAGAUUGCAAAUUUACGUUAGAAGAAAACAGCAUUAGAUAUGCUGUUCUGUAAUAACCUCUGUUAGGCUAAUCACAAUAAAAACAGUUGUAAAUAAAUAAAUAAAUACAAAUAAAUAAAAACUGAGUUGGAGGUAGCACACCCAUAAAGUAGUUCUUCGUGUACCUGAUUUAUGGUCAAAUUGGAAUUUGGAAAUGUUGGUUUUUGAGAAGAGGGGAAAACCGGAGUACUCGGAGAAAAACGUCCGGGAGCAAAGGAGAGAACCAACAACAAACUCAACCCACAUAUGGCGUCGACGCCGGGAUUUGAACCCGGGCCACAUUGGUGGGAGGCAAGCGCUCUCACCACUGCGCCAUUCCUUGCUCCCAUUUUUGAAUGUAACUGAAAACCCAAGUUUAUUUAUUUUUCUGAUGAUCAACAACUAUAUCUCCUUCGUAGAAAAGACGAACCUAAGUAAGAGCCUACUUAGCUCAAGUUGUCAAUUACUAUCCCAAAGGUUCAUAAGCCCCGUGCCGAACUGACGCAACAUUGUUGGCCAAUGGAUGUUACAUGUUACGUCCAUUUGCACACCCUGUUGCAUGUUGUUGCGUACGCGUGUUGUUGGGACCGAAGUAUUUGCGCAAAGUUUGAAACCGGUCAAACUUCCUUUGAAAUCCGUGAUCGCUGAAGCGUAGCGCAACGAUGUUGGAUCCGUUUGUACAGCUUUUCCGACAUUAUUGAGGCCUCGCACGCGUAUUAGGCAUAGUUUACAAGGUCUCAUGUUUUGCAUCCUUCCCACGAUACACUGAAGGUCCCAGCAUUGUUGGGAAUUGUUGCAUCCGUUUGCGCACCACUGCCAACACGGAGGUAACAACUCCCAACAUUGUUGGCCCAACAGUGUUGGAGGUUGUCGCAUCCGUUUGCACGUAGCUUUACAAACGGAUUUUUACUGCGAUGGUUGACGAUGACUGAAACACUGUUUUGUUUCUCUUACAGACGAAUUAGAGGAAACAUUUACGCUGAAAGAAGUACAAGAGAAACUUGAGAAUGUAACUAGCGGAACUUGGAAUCCCCUUUUCAUCGAGGGCGUUGAGGACAUGGAGGUUGAAGGAGUUGAAAAGCAUCUCCCAUCUAAAGCUUCAAAAGAGGACAUUAGACAUGAUUUCACGUUUUAUACCCCCUCCUGUAGGGAUGUUCGUGUUAAGGUAUUGCAUGGUUUCUAAUAUCUAGCAGACGAUUGAUGGAAAUAGGUUAGUGAUACGGUGGCUCCAUAUGUUAAUACGUUUACCGCUGGUCAUGUGGUCUGGUCAAUGGUGACAAGUUGGAGACCAAACAUCAAUCACCGCUUUAUCUGAGUCCAGUGGUCUCCAUUAUAGAGCGUUUUCACUCACGUGGCCAGCAUCCAUGCUAAUUUAUUGGAACAUAAGAAAGCAUUUACAUGAGAAAAGAGUUAAACUCCCAGAGGAUUUUCUGGGAACACCAACAUGGCCGCCGUUUCAUUUGUUUGGAACAUCAAUAUGGCCGCCGUGACGUAAUGUGAAAACGCUCUAUUUGUAAGUGGUCAAGGAAUCGUUGCGAGACACUUUUACUUCAGUUAGGGGAAGGGAACAAUGAGAAGGAGAGAGGGAAAAGUAAAAAAUUCCCGCGCGCAUCUUUAAUCCGCUUUCCUCGUUAUAAGACUAUAAAUGAGGAAACAAAACUGGAACGCCUGGGGAAAGUUCAGCCCCGUUUAUAUAGUUAUUGUCUGGCAAACAAUGUUUUGGAGUCUCAUACGGUCUCUUUCGAGUCUCUUAGUUUCGACCAGAGACGUUUAAGAAUCUUCCUCUUAGAGUACCGCAUUUUUCAUGCAGAAAAAAUCUUAUGCUCGUGAAACAACUGCUGAUCUCACUGUCUUGCAGUGUCUCGUUUAAAUACUACGUACUAAAUAAUACGUUUUUUCUUUGCUGUUUGUUUGAAAAAGGCUUGGCUUAUGGAAACAGAAGGCGAAACAGCAUCCGCCAUGGCAUUUUCACGCAGGACACCUAUCACUGUAAAGAACAUCCUAACGCGUGUGCUGUCUGAUGAGCGAGGAGACACUUCUGACACGCCAUGUUUUCACAUCUGUUCUCGGUCUCAAACCCGACUGAAAGUGGACAUAUUGAUUCCUUCUAAGGACCUCGAUUGUAGUUUGUCCAUUAAAACAUGUAAGAGAGUCAUUCGCGACUUUACAAACGAGAGAGAAACUGGAUCGAGAUAACUUUCGCAAAGACUUAUGGGACUGUUAGAAGCUUUGGACUGUUUCUAGGGACAGCGAGAAAAAGUAGACAAUUCACCAUUGUCACAUAGACCAUUUCAGCAGUAUUUUCUAUUUUUAUUCAUCUGGGUAUUUAAAUAGACACAAUACCUAUUUUCUUAAAAUCGUUUUGCUGCUUUUUUUUUUUGACAAGGCACUAAUUAUGCCCCCAAAACGCCUCAAGACGAAGAAGAAGACAAAAUCUUAGAAGACUAUCUAAUGGGAAUGAAGAUCGAGGAUGGCCAAUUGAUUCUGAGGCCGGCUUCAGAGCUCCAGGAAGGGUUUGACCUGUAUUACAAGCGUCGUAGUCUGCGAAAGACUUAUCAGUAUGAAAUGGACGGGGAACAGUUUAGCUUGACUGUUUGUAAAGAUCAAGCAACAAGUGUUUGCCCUAAUGAGCCUGACGCUAGCAACAUGGACGAAAUUCCCGUAAAGGUUAGCUACGUUUUGCAUCUUUAGUAAAUAAGCUUCGUAAUGGACUAGUCAACUCUCUCAAAAUCAGCGGCGUAGCCAGAAUUUUUGUAGAGGUACGCAAAACGUUUCCACAUCUUCCCGCCUCCCCCUCCCCUCAACAACAACGUUUUCAUGCUCUAUACAUUCAGCUUGCCGCUAGCCUGUGUACAGACGUCCCCCCUCCCUCAGAAAAAAAUACACAGGCACACACAGGCUAGCUUGCCGCUAUCUGCGCGCUUUUUCCCGCCUUUUUCUCUAAACUAUAUCGUCCCACCAAUGAACCACGCGUCGCUUCUCUGGAAAGCGACCACGUCUGUUGUUUUAGAAAAAAAUAUUUCAAAGAAACAACCAGAGUCAAAUGAGUUGAGGAAAAUUGCGCUUUUUAAAUUUAUUUCCUAUUUGAGAUAAUUGCAUUUGUUAUUUUAUUUUAUAUCAUGUAAUUCUCUUACCCUCGAGACUUUUUCAGUUAAGCACGUGUGUACAAUGCUUCCAGGAAGCUACGCCCCUGAAAAUCAGGACUCCUUUAAUAGAGCUUAGAGUGUCAUCACUUGCACCAAAAGCCUUUUCAGACCAGGUUAAUCGAAUUUCAAGCCUACAAGUUAAACCCCGUUCAGCCAUGGUUCAAUGAACCAGGGUUUACUUGAGUCAAAUCAGCCUUAUUUAUUGUAAAUUGUCAAACCUGACUCAAGCCAGGCUGAAAGAUUAGAGAAACUAUAAGCUUAAAACCAGGCUUGAUAUCGACUGUCUGAAUAUUAGCCGUACAUCCCUAGCUAGUUAGUGGAUCUUGGAUGAAUUUCCUUGGGCCGUCCUUGACUCACUGGACUCUCAGUUUAAAGAAAAUGAAGGGGACGUGACAAAAGAAACACUGUCGGGACCACGGUUUUGGUGCUUUUCUCUCAAAAGAUCUCUGUAUAUAAGGGUGAACCGACUGACCGUCAUUAUAAAGAUGACAUGCCAAAAACUGAGACGACCAACUGCAGCGACAAUCUAGGGUAAAAAAUAACAAAAGCGAAGAGCUAUAACCUAUGAGGACCACCAACAAAACUCGUAGAUGUCAGGACCUAAGUGUGCCGGAAUAAUCGACCAAGACUGCCAUAUCAAAUUCUGUUUGAUGUUGAAUUUAUCAGUUUUUUUAAAUUAUCGAUCGAUGAUGGUGUUUUUGAAAUGUUCAAUUCAAUUCGUCAAUUCGUUAGGGCAUUCGAGUGUACUACAGGAAUCACAGUUGAGAUAAAGGAGUGAACCCUCUGUAAAUCAUGCAGGGACUAAACUUAAGGUCCAAAAAGUUGAUCAUUAUGAAUGUUCAACUAUAGCGAACCUAUUUCAAAUCUCAUUCCUUUGUUCUGUCAUAUAUUUUUUUCUUUUUAAAAUUCUCAUCUUGGCCGCUUUUCUGUUUUAAUCCCACUAAUUCACAGCGUUAUUGUCCUGUAUCUAAUAAGAUUAUACGCUUAAUUUGCUUUGUUCGUUUUCCACCAAGUGUUUUGAAAAGUUCGACUUUUUGUGUAGGCUGACAUACACCUUCACUGUGAAGAGUGGGAUCGCCUCCUCAAUGAGGGAAACUGGGAACCAGAACAGAUUGCCGACAAGCUACCCGCUUUCCUGAAGGUUUUGAGACAAGUCAGAGCAGUGUAG